ACACACACUUCAGACUGACGUCAUCAUCAACACCAUCUCAGCGGACAUGAACCUGAUCCAGGGAGCUGUGUCUAAAGCCAUCCUGCAGGUGGCCGGGCCAGGCCUGCAGAGGGCGGUUCUGACUGAAGGGGGGGCGACGGUGCUGCCAGAGGGCGAUGUCGUCAUCACCGAUGGCUUCAACCUCAACUGUCGGAAAGUCUUUCAUACCGUUUGCCCUUGUUGGAACAACGGAGCGGGCCAUGAGGAGUUGAUAACCAUCAUCAGAUAUUGUCUGGAGGAGGCUGAGAAGACUCAGAUGACAUCGCUGUCUUUCCCCGCCAUCGGCACAGGAAACCUGAGCUUCCCCAGAGACGUGGUGUCCAGAGUCCUGCUGCAGGAGAUCCACUCGUUCAGCCGCAGACGAUCCCCUCGCUAUCUGAGAGCGGUGGCCAUCGUCGUUCACCCGAGUGACAAGCAAACUGUGGAUUGUUUCACCAGGGAGUUCAGUGGUCAGAGUGGUCAGAGAACCAAGUCACCCGUUAGGCCAGUCAGUCAUCAUCCAAUCAGCCAAUCACAGCCGUCCUCAGCCUCCUUUGGUCAGGUGUCGUCCCCCUCCCUCGGUGUGUAUCAGAUGCAGAUGGGUCAGCUCACACUGGAGGUGUCGUCUGGAGACAUUACCAAGGAGGCCUGUGAUGUCAUCAUCAACUCCUCCAAUAAAGACUUUUCCCUUAAAUCAGGUGACUCGUAUUUCUAAAGAUUUAAAAUUCAA